AUGUCCGACAAAGUGAAACACUCGCUUCAACAUGAUGAGGAAGCCGUUCCUACAGAGAAGGGGAUGAGCAACCGAGUGGCUGCCGCGCAGCAAAUGAGCGCAGAAGAGUUUGCCGCCGCCGAGAAAAGCUUGAAGCGUAAGCUCGACGCCCGCCUCUUGCUCUCUGUGUGGAUUAUGUUCGUGAUGAACUACCUUGACCGGAACAAUAUCGCUGCGGCCAAAGUAGCUGGUAUUGCCAAGUCAUUGAACAUGACAAGCGAGCAAUAUGCUACGGCAGUGGCUAUUCUAUUCGCCGGUUACGUGCUUAUGCAACUCCCUUCGAACAUCUUUCUAGCCCAGAUGCGUCCAUCUUGGUACCUUCCAGGUGUUAUGACCAUCUGGGGUAUGCUUUCGGCCCUAGUUGGUGUGACCCACAACGCCGGUGGAUUAUAUGCCCUCCGUUUUCUUCUAGGCUUUGUGGAAGCUGCAUUCUAUCCCGGCGCGUUGUUCUUAAUAUCAUCAUGGUACCGUCGUGAUGAGAUGGGUGUACGCAGUGCAUUUCUGUUCUCCGGAUCUCAGCUAGGAAGUGCCUUUUCUGGUCUCAUCGCAGCCGGCAUCGAGAGCGGCAUGAACGGAGUACGUGGCCUCGAGUCAUGGCGCUGGAUCUUCAUCAUAGAAGGCUCAGCUACUGUGUUUAUUGCCAUUUGUGCGGCGUUCAUUCUCCCUGACUGGCCUAGUAAUACUCGGUGGCUUAGUCCGACCGAGCGCGCAGUUGCUGAGUGGCGUCUUAUUGCAGAUGCUGGCCAGGUAGAUGAAGAUGAUGGACGCUGGAGCUAUGGGUUUAAGCGUGCCUUGGCUGACUGGCGGUUAUACGUAUUUGCACUGACCUUCCUGUGUAUACAAGUGUCGAGCGCCACGUCCAACUUCUUCCCGUCCGUCGUUCAGACGUUAGGUUUUAACCGCGUCAAUACGCUUCUACUGACCGUCCCGCCCUAUAUCGUGGCGCUGCUAAUUUCGAUAGGAAACAACUGGUCGGCUGACCGACUUCAAAACUCUUCCUUUCAUAUCAUCUGGCCACUUGCCCUAGCCAUCGUUGGAUUCGUCAUCGCUGCUGCAUCAUUAAACACCGGUGCAAGAUACUUUGCGAUGAUUGCCAUGGUGGCAGGAGGCCACGGGUCAAACGCCGUACUUCUUGCAUGGGUUCAAAAGACAAUGCUUCGGCCGCGUAUAAAACGUGCAUCGGCUGUAGCUUUCGUGAAUGCAGUCGGCAAUCUUUCUCAAAUCUUCUCUUCCUACCUAUACCCUGAUGAUUCGGCACCGCGAUAUGUCCUCGCUAUGUCGGUAAACGCUGCAUUCAGCUUGGCAGUCAUUAUCCUUACAUUGUUUAUGCGAACAGUUCUGCUUCGUGCAAACAAACGUCUCGCUCGUGGAGAAACAACAGUGGAACAAGAAAUGAAGGGUGGAAGUCAAGCUAUGGUGCCGGGGGUUACUGAGGAGGAGCGUGCUAUCCGUCGCGAAGACUUCCGCUUCAUUGCAUAG